AUGGACGCUAUUUCUAGCUUCACUGGAAUUCAGGAAAAUGGGUCACUUUAUAAUCUCUUGCAGAAGAAGCAAAAGAAGAAGCGUCGUUUCAAGUUGCCAUCAUUUGCUCGCAAGACUAGAACCAAACAGAAGGGAGGCCACGAGGCCUCUCACACUGAACCCGGA